AUGACGGGUUCUUGCUCAGCAUCAGACUUCUGCUUGGAGGGAGAUUACUUAUUGGGUGGCCUUUUCCCUUUACAUGAAAUUGAAAAGGAAACAACUCUGUUUUCUGCAGAGACCACCGAAUGUUUCAGGCACAUUUCUUCCAAAUCUGGCUAUCACAUGUUGCAAGUAAUGAGGUUUGCUGUUGAGGAGAUUAAUAACUCCACCACUCUUCUGCCCAAUGUUUCUCUGGGCUAUGAAAUUUUUGACUAUUGUUCUAAUACAAAGAAUUUAAAUUCAGCCUUACGUUUCAUCUUAAAGAAUGGCUCAAUAAAACCUAAAGAAAAACUCAACAACUAUCAGCCUAAAGUGAUUGGUUUAACAGGACCAUAUGGAAGCACAAGAACUAUGACUAUUGCACCACUGUUCACAAUGGACCUUAUACCAAUGGUGAAUUAUGGAGCUUCUUCCUAUGCGUUAAGCAAUAAACUUCAGUAUCCUUCCUUUGUAAGAACAAUCCCUAGCAACAAAGACAUGAUAGAGAUGAUUAUUCACAUCAUACGGUGGUUUGGAUGGAACUGGGUUGCCUUUAUUGGUAGCCAAGACGAUUACAGUUCAGAUGGACUAAAGCUGUUUAAUAAGUAUAUAAACAAUACUGGCAUUUGUUUGGCCUAUCAAGAGGGUCUAAGUCUAAACGCAAACUACAGUCUAACGCUUAAAAAGAUUGAUAUGCUCAACAUCAAUGUCAUUGUAGUUUUUGCUUUGACACAAUAUGCAAGCAAAAUUGUCAAAGCAGCCAUAGCGAACAACAUCCAAGACAAAGUAUGGAUUGCAAGUCAAACAUGGGCUAUGAAUCAACAGCUUCCAAGAGAGCCAGGAAUUGAGAAAAUUGGCACAGUCAUUGGCAUUACAGAGAGACUGUUGUCAUUGCCCGGAUUUAAUGAAUUUGUCUAUAAAGCCAGAGGAACAUCUGAUGCUGGCCAUAAUGAUGCUGAGGAUGAAGUCAAGAGUAAGACAUGUAAUCAAGUUUGUCAUUACUGCUCAUUGCUGACUGCAGAGGAGAUUAUAAACGAGAAUCCAACAUUUUCCUUUGGCAUCUAUGCUGCCAUAUAUACGAUAGCUCAUGCAUUACAUAAAGUUCUGCAGUGUGACAUCAAUGAAUGCCAGAAAAAUACAAUGACCAAGUCAUAUAUGUUUGAGACGGUGGGCACAUAUGAGAAACAUGCAGAAAUUACGUUUACCAUCAACAACUCUCUCCUGCAAUGGCAUAACAAAAAGGUUCCUUUCUCAAACUGCUCUGUUGAGUGUAAGGUGGGACAUUCAAGACAAAUUGAAGGUUUUCAUGGUUGCUGUUUUACAUGUAGAAAAUGCCCGCCUAACAGCUAUGUGGAUUUUUCUCGGGACCCUUAUACUUGUUUUCCUUGUGCAGAGGGUGAAUGGUCUGAUGAGGGCAGCACAACAUGUAAGACUCGGUCUGUUGUCUAUCCUCAAUUCACAGAAAUCCCCUCCAUCAUUGUCAUGGUUUCUGCUGCAUGCCUAAUUAUUCUCCUUAUUGCCAUAUUUUGCCUUUUUGCCUACAAUUACGACACGCCAGUGGUGAAGUCUGCUGGUGGCGGCAUGUGUUUCCUCAUGCUGACCAGUUUGAUUUUGUCUAGCAUAAGUGUGUUCUUUUUCUUUGGAAAACCAACAUUUGUAUUUUGCCUCUUGAGAAAUGUCAUAUUUGCAUAUUUUUUCACUGUCUGUAUUUCCUGUUUGACUGUCCGUUCCUUUCAAAUUAUUUCUGUUUUUAAAAUGGCUACUCAGUUCCCUAAGUUGCACAGCCUUUGGGUAAAACACAAUGGCCAGAGGCUCUUCAUUGCAUUUGUUUCUUUCAUUCAUUUCAUUUCUUGUGUGAUCUGGAUGACUCUCAACGGAGAGAUCAACACAGAAAAGAUCUUCAGCAGAACAGAUCAGACCCUGUAUCUUUGUCACGGAGCAGGGGGAAAGAGACACAUGGGACUGAUUGAGGAUGCUUUCAAUUAUUUGUACAAAGAUGGAUAUGAUGAUUCCCAGAAGCUUGAAUGUGACAACAGACUCAUUUAUCUCCAGGAUGACUGGUUGUGCUGGCUGUUCCUCAUGUUCUUCAUUUCUUCAUCUUCUUCUAGUCAUCCCAACAGUACACAGUCCUUAGAAUUUCACAAAUACAUGUUUAUACGAUCACCUGAAUAA